CUUCUUAUCUUCUUUUCCGGGGAGGAAACACAAAGAUAGAAUAGCAACAAUGGGGAGUGGAAGAGAAGGAAUACAUUUCAUAGCGUUUCUCCUUCUCUUCUCCCCUUCGGAAUUGAGAUUCUCAGAGGCUGCAACGGAGGACCCAAUUCCCGCAGAUUGGCCUCACCAGUUCCACGCGUUGAUGUUCAUGAACCGAACCGGAUCUCUUCAGAAAUUGGAUUUGUGGUACGACUGGUCCAACGGUCGCAACUUCAACAUCAUUCAGAAUCAGCUGGACAACGUUGUAACCUACGACCUGGAGUGGAACAACGGCACGUCCUUCAUGUACACUCUCGAUCCCUCCAACCCCACGUGUCAAGCCCUGCACGUAGAAGUGGGUAUUCUCCGCCCCAAUUGGCUCCAGGGCGCAACCUAUCUGGGUCAGCAGCGAGUUAAUAAUUUCCUCUGCAAUGUGUGGGAGAAGGUUGAUUUCAUUUGGUACUACGAGGAUGUCCUCACUCGCAGGCCUGUUAAGUGGAUCUUCUACUCAGGAUACACUGCUCACGUGAUGACAUUUGAUGUCGGUGCAGUACUUGAGGAUUCAAAUUGGCAGGCUCCUGUGUACUGUUUUACUGAGAAUGAAGAGGAAAAUGAUAACCCCAUUUUAAGAUCUGCUGUUCGUGGUGGUUCUCUUGGGAGUUUGAUGAGAGGGGUACCCCAUCGGGAAACUAUGUAAUUCUAGUUUUGAUCAACUAGAGAUGCGCAUGCAUCACUCUGUUGUUUCUGAGCCAUGACAGUCUUUGUAACUUAUACUAGACCAAACACCCACAAAUUUUAUUGAAUUUCGUCUGUUUUGUCGAA